AUGAGUAAAAGUUCUGAAUUAGAAUUUGCUCAACUUAAAACAAUGGAAUUAAUUCAUCAAGUAGCAGAAAAUAAUUCUAAAAUAAAAAAAGAAUUAUUUGCAUCAAUUGAAGAUAUUCAAACAAUUUUAAAUAAAAGAACAAAAUAUUUAAAGCUUCAUGAUAAUUACUUACUUACUGGACAUAUUGCUACAGAUAUUGAAAUUGAACAAUUUUUUGAACAACUUCAUAUACGUCAAAAUCUUACUUGUAAUUCACCAAUUGAACGAAACUAUUAUUCUUGUCGCAUUAAAGAUGUUGAUUUAUGCUAUUGGUGCGGAGCAGAUGAUGGUAUUCUUGAGCCUUCUGAAAAUUUAAAGUCUCAAUUUAAAACUAUUUACCCACUUUGUAUUUCAUGUGAGGCUAGUGGCCAUGAAUGGUCUACUCGUGCACCAAUUGUAUUUCAAAGCAAGAACAAAAAAGUUCGUGCUUAA